UAUAUAAAAUAGGCAUAGUCAGUAUGAAAAUCUUUUGUACUACUUAGAAUAGUAAUGAGAGGUUUUUCUUUUUCCUGUAAUUGUUUGUGCUUGAGAAUUUCUUUUUUAUUUGAACAAUGUUUGAGAAUGUUAUUUGAUGUCCCUUUUUUGCUUGCACAACAAACUUAAAUAAUUCCCUUUGCAAAUGUUAUCCCUUUUGCUAAAUCAAGGAGAUUUGGAAGGAAAUAUUAUUUAAUGAAAGGAAAACACAUUAAUCAGCAGUAAAUAUUCUUAUAUAAUGAAUAUUAUUUAUCCUAAUUAAGAUGUUAAAUCUCUUCUAAUUAGAUCUUUUACAUAUUGCCUUAUUAAUGUCUAUGAACAUGAACAUAUUCCUAAAUAAAAAUCAUAUAACCUAUGGGAAAAAAAAUCAUUGGAUUCUCUAGAAAAAUAAGAAAGAAAGGGAAAAGAAUCUUUUUAAACAUCUUUAAUUAGAAAUAAGCACCAUGAAGGGAAAAUAACAUCCUUGAAAUUCAACAGAAAAGGAAAUUAUAACGUAAUUGCAAUUAAUAUUUGAGGCAAUGAAUGUCAAAUGUGUUUUUAGAAAAAAGAGAAAGAAAAACCAAGGAGAGUAAGAUCAUAAAAACUUCCUAGUAAAGAAAAAUUCUCCAGGGCUAUAAAUGGCCCUAAGAUCAGAAUGGAAAUCACUCACAAAUCCUAGAAAUGGAGUUCUCAUAUAUUCACCAGUUGAUAUUGUCAGCCAUUUUCAUGCUCCUAAUUUCCCAUACAAGUGCAGAGAAUGCUCAAUCCAAAUUAGUAGAAGAUAUCUGCAGGAGUACUGCAAAAUUGCCUUCAGUGAAAUUUGAAGAUUGUGUUGGUGCUCUUCAGUUGGACCCAAGAACUCCAACAGCAAAUCUCACCAUUCUUGCUCAGAUAAGCAUCCAGUUAGGAAUCUCAAAUGCAACAGAAACCCAAACUUUCGUAAAGAACAUGGCCAACAAUAGUACUACUCCUGCACCUCUGCGAAAACCUCUGAGGACCUGUUUGUCUUGGUACGAAGCAGUAAUUAUGUCAUUCAAAAGUGCACUGGAAGAGCUGGAUGAAGAUAUGCUUUCUGCUAACUAUGAUGUCAAGAUUGCUGGUGAUGAUGCUUUAGAAUGUGAAGCUGAGUUGACAAGAGAUAAGGCUAAAAUCCCACCUCUUACUGCUAGGAAUUACUACGCCCUGCUAUAUAGUUCUAUUGGAUUUGUGAUCACAGACCGUCUUCAGUGAAUAUUAUUUGCAUCCAUUAAUAACAGACCCUCAUGUUGAACGUUCUCUUUGUGUUCUUGCUUUUAGCAACCCAUUGAAAAUUGUCUUUUCCUCUUCUUUCCAAGAAUGGUGAAGUUAAUUUCCAUUCUGUAAAUAGCACUUUCUUGUCGGAAGGCAUAUAUGUAAUAAAAGUGUAUGCAAAAUUCACAUAAAUAAUUUUGGUUUCAUUUUA